AUGACACACUUUGGCUGCCCAUCGGUCCAUUUCCAGGCCAGCAGCACUGAGAGAAAGUCUGCUGUAUUUGUCUUGAGUGUUUGUGUGCGUCAGUCAGAGCACACACCUGGGGUUUGUCCGAGUGGAGGAGGUGAGCAGAGGAGGCUGAGCAGCAGUCCCUCAGAAGGUUUACACGUCCGCACCGUGGAGAAGAACGGUUGGAUGCGAGUUGACAAUUUCUCUAUAAACGGCAUCAACAUUGACCCGCCGUCGCCUCCUCCAACACCUGUUCUGCUCCUUGUCCUCUCCAAUCUAUCCGCCUAA